UUUGGCCGCUCCGCACACGCACGCACGCAAGGCAGAACCGCCCAGACCCAUCGCACAAGCAAACCAACAAACGCGCGGCGGCGGCGAGAGAGAUCGACCGAGAUGAAGGUGGAGGUGGUGGAGGAGACGCUGGUGGCGCCGAGCGAGCCGACGCCGCGGCGCACGCUGUGGCUCUCCAACCUCGACCUCGCCGUGCCCAAGACCCACACGCCCCUCGUCUACUACUACCCCGCGCCGCCCACGCCCUCCCCCGACGACGGCGAAGGCGAGACGGAGCCGUUCUUCGCGCCGGCGAGGCUGCGGGAGGCGCUGGCGAGGGCGCUGGUGCCCUUCUACCCGCUGGCGGGCCGGAUGGCGGCGGGGCCCUGCGGGCGCCUCGAGAUCGACUGCACGGGCGAGGGCGCGCUGUUCGUGGUGGCGCGGGCUGACUUCACCGGCGACGAGAUGUUCCGGGACUUCCAGCCCUCCCCCGAGGCGCGCCGCCUGCUCGUCCCCUUCGCCGCCUCCGGCGACCCGCCCUGCCUCCUCGCCAUGGUCCAGGUGACCUUCCUCAAGUGCGGCGGCGUGGCGGUCGGCACGGGGAUGCACCAUGUGACGAUGGAUGGCGCGGGCGCGAUCCAGUUCAUCCGGACAUGGACGUCCCUGGCGCGUGGGCUGGACGCCGAGUCCGUGUGCCCGUCGCCUCCCACCCACGACCGCACGGUGCUGCGCGCCCGCUCCCCUCCGCAAGUCACCUUCGAGCACCCGGUCUACUCACCGAGCAACCUCAACGGCCUGCCUCGGCCCUUCGUCACCCGCGUCUACGCCGUGCCGCCCAAGCUCCUCGCCGGCAUCAAGUCCAGCUGCGCCCCCGGCGUGUCCACCUACUGCGCGGUGACCGCGCACCUGUGGCGCGCCAUGUGCGUGGCCCGUGGCCUGGCCCCCGACGCCGAGUCCAGGCUGCGCGUGCCGGCCAACAUCCGGUCGCGCCUGCGCCCGCAGCUGCCCGCGACCUACUUUGGCAACGCGAUCGUGCGGGACCUCGUCACCGUGCGCGUCGGCGACGUGCUGUCGCAGCCGCUGGGGUUCGUGGCGGAGCGCAUCAAGCGCGCCGUGGCGCGGGUAGACGACGCCUUCGUUCGCUCCGUCAUCGACUACCUGGAGCUGGAAUCCGAGAAGGGCAGCCAGGCGGCGCGUGGCCAAUUCAUGCCGGAGACCGACCUCUGGGUGGUCAGCUGGCUCGGUAUGCCCAUGAGCGACGCUGACUUCGGGUGGGGCGCCCCCAAGUUCGUGGCGCCGGCGCAGAUGUUCGGCAGCGGCACCGGGUACAUCAUGCAGGCGCCCGACAAGGACGACGGCGUGUCCGUGCUGUUCGCGCUCGAGCCCGAGUACCUUCAGUGCUUCGAGAAGGCCUUCUACGGGAACGAGUGACCGGCCGGCGCCGACCUGGGGUGGCAGUGACCAGCCUUUGGAAGACCAUAACAGCCGCUUGGGACGUCGAGUCCUGUCUUGUGGAGUCCCGUCCGUCGAUGUGCUGCUGUAUCAUAAGCAACUUGUUAACAGAUACUGUGGAUGUGUGAAGGUAGUAUCUUGCACGUUUCUUCACUGUGACAUUCUGAUCUAAGUAUCUAUAUACAAAGUUCAGAUGGGAUUGGCGUCA